AUGACGUUGAAGAGUCCUCUGGACCGGGUCAGAGAUGCUCUGAGAGGUCAGAGAGCACGAGAGAAGGACAUCCGCAACUUGGUGUCCAAUCUGCCUUAUGAGGGCUUGGGGAAGACGAAGCAACCCAACCGCUACUUCCCUGGCAAUGCCAUCAAGACCACCAAAUACACCCUCCUCCUGUUCAUCCCCAUGAACCUCUUUGAGCAGUUUCACCGUCUCGCUAACAUCUACUUUGUGUGCCUGGCGAUUCUGAACUUUGUCCCUGUUGUGAACGCCUUUCAGCCAGAGGUAGCUCUGAUCCCCAUCUGUGUCAUCCUGUCUCUGGCGGCCCUGAAGGCCGCCUGGGAGGACUUCAGGAGGUACCGGUCGGACAGAAAGCUCAACAACACGCCGUGCUUCAUCUACAGCAGGAAGGAUAAAAGGUUCACCAAGAGCCGUUGGAAGGAUGUGCGUGUGGGUGAUUUUGUGAAGGUGGUUUGCAAUGAGAUCGUCCCUGCAGACCUGCUGCUCCUGCAUUCAUCAGACCCCAGCGGUGUCUGCCACAUAGAGACAUCCAACCUGGAUGGAGAGACCAACUUGAAGCAGAGGAGGGCAAUGUCUGGCAUCUGCAUCUCAGAUCCUGAAUUUAAACCUGAAAGCUUCAACACUGUUGUGGUGUGUGAAAAGCCAAACAACAAUCUCAAUCAUUUCAAGUGUUAUGUAGAGAAACCUGAUAAGGACAAGGUGGGCACUGGAAUAGAGAGUCUGCUGCUGCGAGGCUGCAAAAUGAGAAACACGCACCACGCUGUUGGCUUUGUGGUGUAUGCAGGCCAUGAAACCAAGUCCAUGCUCAACAACAACGCGCCAAGAUACAAGCGCAGCAAAUUAGAGCGGAAGCUGAACACAGACGUCAUCUUCUGCGUCAUUCUCCUCCUCAGCAUGUGUCUUGUUGGAGCACUAGGUCACUUCUUAUGGCUACAGGCGCUGCCCAGUGGGCCCCCUUACCUUGUCCCCGACAGCAAUGGUCACCUGGACAGUCCCAGUCUGUCUGGCUUCUACAUGUUUUUCACUAUGAUCAUCCUGCUGCAGAUCCUGAUUCCUAUCUCUCUCUAUGUAUCCAUUGAGUUGGUAAAGAUCGGUCAGAUCUACUUCAUCACCAAUGACAUCGAUCUGCACGAUGAUGAGACCGACAGACGCGUGCAGUGUAAGACCCUGAACAUCACAGAGGACCUGGGACAGAUUGAAUACGUCUUCUCCGACAAGACGGGAACCCUCACUGAGAACAAGAUGGUGUUUCGCAGAUGCUCCAUCAUGGGCACCGAGUACCCACACAAAGAAAAUGCCAUCCGCCUUGCUGUCCUUGGUGAACCAGAGUCAGGGGAGGAUGUCAUCUUCAACCAGCGGCCACAACCUCCCCUGACUGGAUGGUCCCUGGAUACUGAGGACAUAACCCCUGACUGUACACAACAUCACCAUGAUAACCGACACAGGAGCAAGGUCAAGGGAAAUGCCCAGAGCGAUGUGGCCUUCAGCAGUCCGCUGGAAACUGAGGUGAUUCCAGACAGGAAGCUGCUUCAGCAGAUUAGCAGGGCAGGGAACUGCAGCGGCAGCCAGGAGAUAGAUCCUUACUUAGACUUUUUUCUGGGUCUCGCCAUUUGCAACACAGUGGCGGUUUCCAUGGCAACAGCUCAGAGACAGAGGCGCAAGCCCAAGAGAAGUCGCAGCAUAUUAGAGGACUUAGUUGUAGAGGAGGACCAUUUUAACCCCCCUGUAAAAAAAGAGGACUUUGAAGACACCACUGGGCUCCAAAUGUGUUCACUGCAUGCUCCAUCCGACACAAACUCAGAUAAUCUGAGCUAUGAGGCAGAGAGUCCAGAUGAGGCAGCCCUGGUGUACGCAGCCAAGGCAUAUGGCUUCACCCUUCUGAACCGCACCCCUGACAGUGUGACACUGAGGUUACCGUCUGGGGAGGACCUGGUGUUUGAGGUGCUGGACACCUUGACCUUUGACUCCAACAGGAAGAGAAUGUCUGUUUUGGUGCGACACCCAAUCACCAGAGAGUAUGUGUUGUACACUAAAGGGGCAGACUACGCCAUCAUGGAGCUACUCGAACAUCUCAGUGGGAAGCAGAAGAAUAUAGCAGCAGGUACUCAGCAUCACCUCGACUGCUAUGCUAAAGAUGGGCUACGUACACUUUGCUUUACAAAGAAGGUUGUGAGUUACAAGGAGUAUGAAAGCUGGUCAGUGAACAGACAGAGAGCUCUGGCUGCUAUAGACCACAGAGAGGAGCUUGUUAUGGACACUGCAGUGCAGCUAGAGACAGGCCUCUCCCUGCUAGGGGCGACGGGCAUCGAGGACCGUCUUCAGGAGAGUGUCCCAGACACCAUCGUGGCACUGCGGGAGGCAGGGAUACAGGUGUGGGUGCUGACUGGUGACAAGCCGGAGACAGCUGUCAACAUCGGCUAUGCCUGCAGGCUACUGGAAGAGGAAGACCUGGUGAUUAACAUGAGCUGCAAAAACAAGCUUGUGUGCACGUCUAUCUUGGACUGCACACUGGAAGAGGUGAGGAGGUACAGCGAGGACCCUCGCAAUGUGGACACAACCCAAGGCAUCUCUCUGGUGAUUGACGGAUGCACCCUGACCAUGGCUUUGUCGUCAGACCUACAGGACCGCUUCGUGGACCUGGCGAAGCGCUGCCGCUCUGUGCUCUGCUGUAGAGUCACGCCCUUACAGAAGAGCAGAGUGGUGAAGAUGGUCAGGGAGAAGCUCAAGGUCAUGACCCUUGCUGUCGGUGAUGGUGCAAAUGAUGUCAGCAUGAUCCAAGCAGCUGAUAUCGGCAUUGGGCUAUCCGGUCAGGAGGGCAUGCAGGCGGUCAUGGCGAGUGAUUUUGCUAUAUCUCGCUUCAAACACCUGAACAAACUUAUCCUGGUUCACGGACACUGGUGCUACACUCGACUUGCCAACAUGAUCAUUUACUUCUUCUAUAAGAACGUGGCCUACGUGAAUCUGCUGUUCUGGUAUCAGUUCUUCUGCGGCUUCUCUGGCACCACCAUGAUCGACUACUGGCUGAUGAUUUUCUUUAACCUCUUCUUCACCUCGGUACCACCCAUCAUGUUUGGGAUUAUGGAUAGAGAUGUUUCUGCAGAGAUGCUGCUUGGUGUUCCUGAACUGUACAGGAUGGGACAGGGUGCAGGGGAAUACACAUUUUCAACUUUCUGGGUCUCCAUGCUCGAUGCCUUCUAUCAGAGUCUGGUGUGCUUCUUUAUUCCAUAUUUGGCUUACCAGGAUUCAGACAUUGAUGUGUUUACCUUUGGAACUCCUUUGAACACAAUCUCUUUAUUUACCAUCAUUUUGCAUCUGUCAAUAGAGAUCAAAGCCUGGACAGUGGUUCACUGGGUAAUCAUGCUGGGCAGUGUGGCAUUGUACUUCAUUGUGACGCUUGUGUACAGCGCCAUCUGUGUCAGCUGUAACCCUCCAUCCAACCCGUACUGGAUCCUCCAGAGCCAGAUGGCCGACCCCAUGUUUUACCUUCUCUGCAUCAUCACCACUGUGGUGGCUCUGAUGCCCAGGUACAUGUUUCAUGUGCUGAAGAACUCUAUCGCCCCCUCCCCGCUUGUGCAAGCCAGGCAUCUGGACCGGCUGGACCCCUCCACGCGGGACGAGUGGAUGAAGGAAUGGAAGAGCUUCAGGAGCACGAGCCAGGUCAAACGCUCCAGGUUGUCUCCCCCAACUUCUCCCACCAUGGAGACCCUUGCGGACAUUUAA